AUGGAGGCGGAACAGAGGCCGGCGGCGGGGGCCGGCGACGGGGCGACCCCUGGACUGGAGACAGCGCCUCCCACUGCCCCGGCGCCUGCGGCCGUGGCCUCCAGUCCGACCCCUGGGUCCGGACCCGAGCCCAAGAGGAGGCAGCUCAGGACGCUGCUCCAGCCCACGGUCAACAAGUUCUCCCUUCGCGUAUUCGGCAGCCACAAAGCAGUGGAAAUUGAGCAGGAGCGAGUCAAGUCAGCGGGGGCCUGGAUCAUCCACCCCUACAGCGACUUCCGGUUUUACUGGGACCUGACCAUGCUUCUGCUGAUGGUGGGGAACCUUAUCGUGCUGCCCGUGGGCAUCACCUUCUUCAAGGAGGAGAACUCCCCACCCUGGAUUGUAUUCAACGUCCUUUCUGACACUUUCUUCCUGCUGGACCUGGUGCUCAACUUCCGCACGGGCAUAGUAGUGGAAGAGGGCGCCGAGAUCCUGCUGGCACCGCGGGCCAUCCGCACACGCUACCUGCGCACCUGGUUCCUGGUUGACCUCAUCUCCUCUAUCCCUGUGGAUUACAUCUUCCUGGUGGUGGAGCUGGAGCCGCGACUGGAUGCCGAGGUCUACAAGACAGCGCGGGCACUGCGCAUCGUGCGCUUCACCAAGAUCCUCAGCUUGCUGCGGCUGCUCCGCCUCUCCCGCCUCAUCCGUUACAUCCAUCAGUGGGAGGAGAUCUUUCAUAUGACCUAUGACCUGGCCAGCGCUGUGGUUCGCAUCUUCAACCUCAUUGGGAUGAUGCUGCUGCUGUGUCACUGGGACGGCUGUCUGCAGUUCCUGGUCCCCAUGCUGCAGGACUUCCCUCCUGACUGCUGGGUCUCCAUCAACCACAUGGUGAACCACUCGUGGGGCCGCCAGUAUUCCCACGCCCUGUUCAAGGCCAUGAGCCACAUGCUCUGCAUUGGCUAUGGGCAGCAGGCACCUGUAGGCAUGCCCGACGUCUGGCUCACCAUGCUCAGCAUGAUCGUGGGUGCCACUUGCUACGCCAUGUUCAUCGGCCAUGCCACCGCCCUCAUCCAGUCCCUCGACUCGUCCCGGCGCCAAUACCAGGAGAAGUACAAGCAGGUGGAGCAGUACAUGUCCUUCCACAAGCUGCCGGCUGACACACGGCAGCGCAUCCAUGAGUACUAUGAGCACCGCUACCAAGGCAAGAUGUUCGAUGAGGAGAGCAUCCUAGGCGAGCUGAGCGAGCCACUGCGGGAGGAGAUUAUUAACUUCACCUGCCGGGGCCUGGUGGCCCACAUGCCGCUGUUCGCCCAUGCCGACCCCAGCUUCGUUACGGCAGUGCUCACCAAGCUGCGCUUUGAGGUCUUCCAGCCGGGGGACCUCGUGGUGCGUGAGGGCUCCGUGGGCAGGAAGAUGUACUUCAUCCAGCACGGGCUGCUCAGUGUGCUGGCGCGUGGCGCCCGGGACACCCGCCUCACUGACGGAUCCUACUUUGGGGAGAUCUGCCUGUUGACUCGGGGCCGGCGCACAGCCAGCGUGCGGGCUGACACCUACUGCCGCCUCUACUCGCUCAGUGUGGAUCACUUCAACGCUGUGCUCGAGGAGUUCCCCAUGAUGCGCCGGGCCUUCGAGACUGUGGCUGUGGACCGGCUGCGCCGCAUUGGCAAGAAGAAUUCCCUUCUGCAGCGGAAACGCUCCGAGCCAAGCCCGGGCAGCAGCGGGGGUAUCAUGGAGCAGCACCUGGUACAACACGACAGGGACAUGGCUCGGGGUGUUCGGGGCCUGGCCCCGGGCACAGGGGCUCGGCUCAGUGGAAAGCCGGUGCUGUGGGAGCCACUGGUGCACGCACCUCUGCAGGCAGCCGCCGUGACCUCCAACGUGGCCAUUGCCCUGACUCACCAGCGGGGCCCUCUGUCCCUCUCCCCUGACUCUCCAGCCACCCUCCUUGCCCGUUCAGCUCGUCGCUCAGCAGGCUCCCCAGCCUCCCCUCUGGUGCCUGUCCGAGCUGCCCCUCUGCUGGUCCGGGGGCCGUGGGCAUCCACCUCCCGCCUGCCUGCCCCACCUGCCCGAACCCUCCAUGCCAGCCUAUCCCGGGCUGGGCGCUCCCAAGUCUCCCUGCUGGGGCCCCCCCCAGGAGGAGGUGGACGGCGACUAGGACCUCGGGGCCGCCCACUCUCAGCUUCUCAACCUUCUCUGCCUCAGCGGGCAGCAGGGGAUGGCUCUCCUGGGCGGAAGGGCUCAGGAAAUGAGCGCCUGCCCCCCUCCGGGCUCCUGGCCAAACCUCCAGGGACAGCCCAGUCCCCCAGGCCACCAGUGCCUGAGCCAGCUGCCCCUCGGGGCCCCCAGCUGUCUGCCAAUAUGUGAAAUCCUUGGGCACAGCCAGCCUUAGCUCUUUGGGUGCGGGAGUGUGUGCCUGGGGGCAGAUGCCUCUUGGAGAAGGGGACCUAUAGGAAUGUCUCUCCUUACUACCAAGAAGAUGGUCUCUGUGUCCUCAGCUCAGGCCCCUGCAGCCUGACAUCCUCCUACUCCGCUCACCCAUUCAUUCCAUGGACUGAAUGUCUGCCAUGUUCUGGACACUGUGCCAGGCUCUGUGUCUCCACUGCCAAGUAGAACUGACUCCAUGCUGUCUGCUGAGGGUGUUCCCCCAGCUGUGGUCCUGCCAGGUGCAGUUUUGGGCCCCUGAUCCCACCUUUACUAAGCACAAGUACCUGCCACCACCAUAACUGCCAAGUAGCUAGAUGUCUCUCUGUUUCCAGUGUGGGCUUCACCCUGCCUAUAACCCUGCAGGUUCUGCCUGGCACAGGUAUCUCCUUCUCCCUUUAAUAUAGCCUGGCACUACCAACUACCUGUUCUGCUAUCGCUGUCAAGAACAAAUGUCUCGGGUCCCCAGCUUGGGCAUCUACCUUUGCCCUCUCACUGCCGUCUGUGGACCCCCGCCCCCGUCUAUACCCUCUGAGUGGGAACACACACAUCUCCUGCCAAGUUCCCUGCAGUCUCUGUCUUUGUAGUAGAAUUGUCUUUUUGUAAACUGAGAGUCACCUCCUCCUCUGCCCUCAGCCCUGUGAAGCUAGGGGAUAAUUGGUACACCCCCAGGUGGGGACAAGUAGCUGAAUCCUUAGAUGACAUUAUCCCCCCUUCUUUCUAUUCAUAUUUAUUUAUUUGAUCAUCUUAUUUAUUUGCUCAUUUACUAAUUAUACUUAUUUAUUCAUUAGCUGAUUUUAUUAUUACUUCAUUUUAUCCACCCAGUCCUUCAUCCGUCCCUCCCCCUCCCCCCCAGCAGGGAGACAGGAGGAGGCAGGGCGCCCUGCCAGCUCUUGUGGACCUUGUCUAAAUCCAUCAGCAGCAAUACUGGGACUCCUCCCUAUUGAGGUAGGGGCAGGAAGGGCCACCCAAGAAGGGGAGGAGGACUGUUUUUACCUUUAGGUUUUUUCUUUUUUAUUCUGCUGAGUUUGCUGUUGGUACAGGAGUAAGGGGAGGGCCCGUGGUAUCCAAGCCUGGGGAGGAACAGGCCAGCCAACACCUCUGCCUUCUCAGGGACAAGAGAAACCUCACCGGUACCCCUUUUGUCCCCUCUCCUACUCUACAGCAUCAAAAACUGGGGCUGAACCUGCCAUCUAAAUCUUCUGUCCUUCAGGGUGGGGGGUUCUGGGUAUGUAGGAGAAGUUUUCUAACUGCUUCCAAACAGCUUUAAAAAGGCAAUGGAGACACUCAUUUUGGCUCCUGGUUUGUGUGUGGGAUGACGUGGGCAUGAAGGGAUUUCUGGGUGCAGGAAGGGACAGCAGGGUAUUUGGCCCAGGAAGGAGUGAGAUAGGCAUGGGAGCAGCCAGGGUGAGCCUGCAACCUGGAGGUGGUGAAGACAGUGAUGAGAUCAACCAGCCAGCCUCUUGGGUCUCCCCAGCAUCCACCACCCCCACCACCACCCCACAGGCCACCUCAGCUUCCCAAAAGGGGUGGUACUUUGAUGUCACUGUUAGUGACAAUGAAGGGAAGCACUGCCCUGGCCUGAGGCCAUCAGGAAGAGGUGGCAGGCUCCUCAGGCAGUGCCCCCAUUGUCAUGAGGCUACACAUGAGAACAUUACACUGUAUGGAUGUGAGGUAUUUUUAAAAUACUAAUUUUGUGGAGAAUGAG